AUGGCAGCAGGUGCUCAGCCACCUCCAGGAAAUCAGGGCUCCAUCAUGUGUAACCGUUACUCAGGAAGUCAAAUACCGACUAGUGGGAGAAGUGGGAGAUGGGUCACUGUGUAUGGUUUUAAUCAAGCAUCAGCUUCCUACAUUCUUCAUCAGUUUGCUCAAUAUGGAAAGAUAUUAAAGCAUGUGAUGUCCAAUAUAGGAAACUGGAUGCAUAUUUGCUAUCAGACUAAGCUGCAAGCCCGGAAAGCCCUGAGCAAAGAUGGAAGAAUUUAUGGUGACUGCAUCAGGAUUGGUGUCAGGCCCUGCACAGACACAAGCGUGAUGGAAAACCUUGAAAGAAGCUCUGCAUCCUCAAUGUCUUCAGUUUUUUCUCCACACACAAAACCCCUGGCCAGCACACCAGUGUUUUUGGAAAGACAGACCCCUAGCACAG